CUCAAAGCGAGCGGUACGCAUGCGCGCAGUUCGCAGAUCCGUUAGAAGCACUUGCCACCGAACACAGUUGCGAUUUAUAGAGGUCCCAGUGGCGACACACGGGAACGAGCGCGUCUAAAAAUACUACGCGAGAAAGACACAUACUGAUAAACACCAAAGUGAAGUAAAUGAACAGAAAACAGAGAACAGAAAAGAACGAAGCACGGACAAGGAAUAAAAUAUAAAACAAAAAGCAAAUAAAGCAGAGGCAUAAAAAUUCCUCACAUCGUUCGGCGCGCACCAACGACAACGGCAACGACGGGGCAGGAUCGAAUGUGGCGGACAAAAAGCCCGCAAGAGAAUACAACGAAAUAAAAUAAAAUAAAAAAGAAAACAAAAUAAAGCAAAGUCCAGCGAAGGUGCGAGACAAGAAAUUAAAUUGAUAAAACCUAAGAGCAGACAGGGCCCAGGCCUAGGACUCCGCUCGAGGUAGCCGCAGAGGUAGACGCAGACGCAGACUUGUCGCUGCUGUUUGCUGCAAUUAUCGGGGCAGCGCAUCGCGUCGGGAAUGCGCCCUGCGAGAGCGCGCGUGUGUGAGUGAGUGUCCGCGUACGUGACAGUGACCGCCUGAGUGUGUGUGGCAAAUAGCUCAAAGCCACGAAAUUGCUUCUAUCGGUGCGCCGAAAUCGCCAAUUGGAAAAAUUAAACAAAAAGAGAAACUGUUAAACGAGAAGCUGAGAAGAAGGGCAAAUCCAUCCCACAGAAAUAUUGACCCCCGGGCCUACAUACAUACUUACAACUGCUCCCCGCAGCACACACACACACACACACACACAAAGUCAAAGCCAUAGUCACAGACUCAAAGACAAACCAAGAAACAGGGAAAAUGUACAAUAAAAAAUUACAGCAAGUGAUCGUGCAGAAAAUAGAUCGAUAAACCCGAAAAACGGGGGGAAACCAGCGAAAAAUAUAAAAAUAAAUAAGCGAAAGACGAUCGCGAGCGAUCAAGGAGCCAAGGAGUCACAGCCCAGCCAGAUCCAGAGGAGGAGCCGAGAGGAGGAGAGAGUCAGGACAGAGAGUGCUGCUUGAGUUUGCGUUUGCGGCACGUUUUUGUGUUUUUGUUUCAAUUUCAAUUGUGGAAAUCGUAGAGGAAAAAUUCGCAAUAACCGAACCGGUCCAUCUACAGUCCAGAGGGACUCCACAACCAAGCCAAGCCAAGACACAGAACCAGACCCAUACCCAGACCCAGAACCGAGAAGAGAAGAGAACCGAUAUUUAUUAAACAAAGACAGAAAUUAAUUUCACGACUUUGUCGAUUGCCACCCGCACUCAACCCAUCCUCAUCCUCGUCCUCGUCUUCAGAGCAGAACAAGCAUCCAGCACUCCGCACCGCCUCCUGCGGACGGCUUCUUUAUGCCCAUCUUGAACUUUGGGCCAGCUUGUGUUUGAGCGUAGGAGAGCAUAGCAGAGAAGGGAAAUCGGCGGACAGCAAAAUGUACGACAUCAAGCACCUGGAAGCCGGACAACAUCAGCCACAACCACAGCACCAUCCACAGCACCACCCACAGCACCCACUGAGCGACCGCCUGAGCCCAGCACUGAGCGGCUCUGCCACAGUCGAGCAGCAGCUCACCUGCAGCGUCAUCGCAGCGCCCUCGACACGCUGCCAGGGCAGGGGGACCAGCAGCCGCAGCCCCAUCGAAGCCACCCACAUGACGCUACUGACACUGCGGCGUCGUCGCGCCUUCCAGCGCCGUGCCUGCCUCCUGAGCAUUCUCGCCGCCUUCGUCUUCGGCAUGGCGCUGGGCGUGGUGGUGCCCAUGUUCGGCCUUCCGGACUACUUCGCCGGUGGCAGCCACACGCCCGCUUCCCCGCCAGCAGUGCAGCAGCAGCAGCAGCAGCAGCAAGGGGAGAUCGAGCGAGUGCAGCGUCCACCCUCGGAUUUCCCAAGCAUCUACGAGAGCGCAGCUCUGCCGCCCUACAGCGUAGCCUUCAUCAAGGGGUCAGGCAAGGGGGCCAGUGCAGAGCUGAGUGCCGAGCAGGUCUUCCGGAACGUGUUCCACCUGGAGCAGGACAAGAACGCACCGGACUCGAUGAUCGUGAAGAAACUGGAUACGAACGACGGCAGCAUCAAGGAGUUCCACGUGCAGCGCACAUCCAGCGGCCGCUACCGCAAGGGUCCCGAGCGGAGACUGUCAAAAAAGGAGGAGAGGACGCAGUCUGCUCCUGCAACGACGCCCAGCCCCAAGCACUCGCAGGCGGAGAGGGCGGGUCUCAUCGAAGCAGACGUCUACUGGGGCUCUGAGGUGGAGCGAGCUCUGCCCAAGGGCUUCGCGGCCGAGGAUCAGCGCACCUGGGAGCACUACGUGUCUGGCCAGGGCCAGGUCGUGCGACUAGAGCACGGCUGCGGGCGCAUGCAAAACCGCAUGGUGGUGUUCGCGGAUGGGACACGGGCCUGCGCGCGCUACCGCCAGAACACAGACCAGAUCCAGGGCGAGAUCUUCAGCUACUAUCUCGGCCAACUGCUGAACAUCAGCAAUCUGGCGCCGAGUGCUGCCACCGUGAUCGACACGACGACUCCGGGCUGGGCCGCUGCUCUGGGGGACAUCACGCAGGCGCAGUGGAAGGAACGCAGGCCGGUGGUGUUGACGCGCUGGUUAGCGGAUCUCGAGCCAGCAGGAAUUCCGCAACCCUUUCAGCCGCUCGAGCGGCACCUGAACAAGUACGACGUCUGGAACCUGACGCGGCAUCUGCAGCAGACGCGGCCAUCCAAUUUGGAGCCAGAGUCGGAGUCAAAGUUGGACGCAGUGCCGGGAUUACUCAAGCGGCUGGGUGCUGCCACCUCGCAGGGUCCCGCUCAUCAAUCAAGCAUGCUUGAGGAGACGCAAUGGCAGGCCCAGUCCCAGUCCCAGUCGGAGUUGCAGCUGGAGUUGGAGUCUGAAUCGGAGUCAAAGUCGGCGCUGGUGCAGCGACUAAUUGAAUUGGCACAAUGGUCCGAUUUAAUCGUCUUCGAUUACCUGAUCGCGAACCUCGAUCGUGUUGUUAAUAACUUGUACAACUUUCAAUGGAAUGCCGACAUCAUGGCCGCGCCGGCCCACAACCUGGCCCGCCAAGCCAGCUCGCAGCUGCUCGUGUUCCUGGACAACGAGAGCGGGCUGCUGCACGGCUAUCGCCUGCUGAAGAAGUACGAGGCAUAUCACAGCCUCCUGCUGGACAACCUGUGCGUCUUUCGGCGUCCCACCAUCGAGGCCCUGCGGCGGCUGCGAGCGGAGGGCGCGGGACGGCCGCUGCGCGAGAUCUUCGAGCGCGCAACCAGCGACGGCGUGCGUGACGUGCUGCCCUCGCUGCCGGAUAAAUCAAUCAAGAUACUCAUGGAGCGCAUCGAUCGCGUGCUGGGCCAAGUGCACAAGUGCCGGGAGGAUCUUAACAAGGGCAGCUAAUGAAGGCGACAAUCUGGGAUCGUCUGGAGUAUGGAUCGAGAUUGAGAUAGGGAUUGGGAUUCGGAUUCGGAUAGGGAUAGGGUUAUGUCACGACUGAUAAGUUGUAAAUAUAUCCAGCAUAUAGGAGUGUAGGAUGCAGACUCGACCGACCAAUCCCAUAGUCACAGGAGGAUAGAAAGUGCAUCCCUGCAUCACUGGACACACUGCCUGCUGCCUGAGUAUUAGAAGGUGAACACUGCUUUCCACCCAUGUAAAUGUCCGACUCCUGCGAUGAGUAUUACGCAUAUCCAUAGAUACAUACAUAUGUACAUGUAUAUAGUAUGCAUGUAGCUAUCUGUAUAGCAUAUAGAGUAUACAUACCUAGCCUUUACAAUCGUGUGAUAUUUGUCUAAGAACUUAGUGGAAACUAAUUCAAGAUUAAGUAGAUUUCAUUUUAUGUUUACAUCGAAUAAACCACAAAAAAUACAAAACCGAAGGAACCACAGUCUAAAU